GGUGGGAGCGCGUGCUGCUGGGAGUUGUCGGGAGGCCAGCGGCGCGGGGCUGGGCGCCCUCGGGCAGAGCCGUCAUGUCGCACAAACAGAUUUACUAUUCGGACAAAUACGACGACGAGGAGUUCGAGUACCGGCAUGUCAUGUUGCCCAAGGACAUAGCCAAGCUGGUCCCUAAAACCCAUUUGAUGUCUGAAUCUGAAUGGAGAAAUCUUGGUGUUCAGCAGAGUCAGGGAUGGGUCCAUUAUAUGAUCCAUGAACCAGAACCUCACAUCUUACUCUUCCGGCGGCCAUUACCCAAGAAGCCAAAGAAAUGAAGCUGGCGAACCACCUUUCAGCCUCAAGCUUUACGCAGCUGUCCUCACUUCCUACCGUCUUUCCGAUAGCGUGACUAUGUUGCUUUCUUAUUUCUCACUUUGGUAUUUAAAGGAUGUUCAACACACUGUUUGAAUUGCUGGUACUUGCUUUGCUCUGGAGCGGAGCCACCAAAGCCACAGCCCUGUCAGAUGAGCGGGACCUCAAAGCCCGACUGUAUCCCUCAGGCCACAUUCGCCAUCUCUCGAGAGCACAUGAGAAUCCGGUCAUGGCUGUUACGGGGAUGGUGUGAAUUUGCUGUUGUGGUUUUACUGGUGGAUAUUGUAUUUAUGGUGACUUAUGGGUUUAUGUUUCAAUGUAUUGGAAACUUUCCAUUUUAUCUGGCAAAUCCCUUCCCUGUUACAAACCUUGAUUAAAGGAAGUUUUUAUAAUCUAAA